AUGGUUGCUCCGAACAUGCCUGAUCCCUUCUUCGCCGACAUUGUGACCGUUUUUCCGGGAAAUGCAUGGCAAACCAAUGCAAUGGCAAACAUUAUGAGGAACAAUGAAUUAACUGAAGCAAUGCAAUCUAUCAGAGACAUGGUUGCUGCUAUAAUGAGGAAUCAAAGACAUGAAGGAAACCCUGAAUCACAAGGUUUAGCUGAAUUUAGGAGAAACAAACCCCCACAAUUCUCUGGAGGAUAUGAUCCAGAAAAAGCUGAAUUAUGGAUUAAAGAAAUGGAGAAAAUAUUUCGAGUUAUGAACUAUGUUGACAACCAAAAGGUCAAUUAUGUUGUAUCUAUGUUAAUAGGAGAAGCCGGAUAUUGGUGGGAUGGUACCAGGAGAUUACUUGAAGGAGGAAGAAUAAUUAUUACCUGGGAUGUAUUUAGAACAAGGUUUUUAGAAAAAUAUUUCCCUAAUGAUGUGAGGAGAGCAAAAGAAAUAGAGUUCAUGCAGUUGAAGCAAGGAAGUAUGAUAGUAGGGGAAUAUGCUUCCAAGUUUGAAGAAUUAGAAAAAUACUCUACUUUCUUUUAUCACCCAAAAGGAAAUGAUGAAAUGUAUAAAAUUUGA